AUGUCCAAAUCCGCCAGAUUCCCUUGGGAUUCCCUUAAAGCAGAGACGCUGCGCGCCAUCUGUCGCGACAUCGGUAUAGGAUUUGUUGGAAAGCGCGAAACCGUACUUUCCCAUCUGCAACUUAUCCACGAACUUGGCCUUGAUAAAGCCCUAACAAAAAUCAAGGAUUCGCAAGUGACCGAACCGGCGUCAGCGCGCACUCGCAAGCGCAAGAGUGACGCAGCAGAAGUUGAACCAGAAAGCCCCCCCAAAUCUCGCGCCAAACGUUCCCGUCCAUCAGAUGCAGAGCCUGCAUCUACUCCUCGUCGUACACGCGCCAAUACCGCUCUCGAUGAGUCUCCUCGCCGCAGCAGCAGGAAGACUAAACCAACUGAGAAAAUUUCGGCCAAAACUAAGGCGGUGAAGGCAAAACCUGCAGCAAGAACCCCCGCCAGAGCAAAGGCGACAAAGAAGAGGACUUCAGCUCCCAAUAGCCGGUCAUCUCAAUUCGAUGGCGUUGUCGUUCCCAGGAUCAAACGAACAAGGCCUGGAGCCGUCAACGGGGCUGAGGCGGAACAGGCCCCGGAAGGGGGAGAGGAAGAGGGAGAAAGGGGAUCCGGUUCCUCCCUUGUGAAGAAGCAGGAGGAUGAUGGUGAGGAGAGCAAGGCCUCUUCGAGCUACGGUAGCUCGAAUAAAGGUUCGUAG